AAAUGAUUUUUUUCAGCUGAAAACACACACACACAUGACGAGAAUGCUAUUGAAACCAGAAUGAACUCUACUGAGUGUAAAUAGGCAAAUGUAUGUUGUCCACAUGUUUUUAUGAAGAUGAUUUGAAUUUUGUCGAAAUUAAAAUUUCGGAAAAAAAUAUGAGCAAUUUAAGCCCAUAUCAACGUGUACAACAAUGGAUGGUAUUCGCCCGUCAAUGGUGGUUAUUUGAUGCAAAACAACAGGAUGUAUUCGAUGCUGCACAGAUGAUAGCACGAUAUUUACAUGGACGUCAUAAACCAAUUUAUGAUACCGAACAAGAUGUUGGUGAUCAUGUUGUCGUCAUGAAUGCUAAACAUUGUUCAAUGCCAUUCGAUGAAUGGCGUUAUCGUUAUUAUUUUCAUCAUUCACAUUAUUCUGGUGGUAAAAAAUGGACCCAAGCAUAUGAAUUACAUCAAAAAGAUCCAAAUCUUAUAAUGUAUAAAGCAAUCUAUAAAGCAUGUGGUAAUAUUGGCUUAAAACGACAUGAUCUAAUUGCACAUCUACAUAUUUAUCCAGAUGAAAAUGUACCCGAACACAUUAUGAAGAAUAUAACCGAUCAUAUACGACAAUUACGUCCAGUUCAUAAAUCAAUUGAUGAAUAUUCUGAUGAUGAGAUAAGAAAUUAUCCAAAAAUAUUUGAUUAUUCUGAUGAUUAUACAAAAAAAUAAUUUGAUUGAUUAAAAUUGUAGUUUAUCUGUUUACUGAAU